GAAUGAGUGGUAAUGUUAAAUUAAGGAACCAAAGCAGUGUUCCUCGAUCUGGGCCACCUUAGGCUUCCUUCUAAUUCAAGCAUUGCUUGUCUGAAGGAAAGCAACUGGGAAAGAAAAAUAUAAUCAAAAAUCAGAAAGCUAACUCUUUUACUCUGUUUUCAUUUCUCUCCCUUCUUUUGGGAUUACUUCAAAGGAUAUUUAAUAACAAUCAGUUAUAUAUUUCAUUCAAGACCAAAAUCUAUCGCUAUUCCCACAAUGGGCUUCUUGUUGACGAGUUUAGCUGCUUGGUCUCACACUUUUCGUAGCCUUCACUCACAAAUUUGCUGACUCACUCUGUUGUGUAUAUAUGUAGAAGAUGUUAUGACACUUUGACUUCAGAAUCAGAGAGACUCUCCAACUUUUGCUCUUACUCUGAAGGUUUGGGUUAGAAGUCUGAAAAGGCUAUGGGAGACUUAACGAUGAUCAACGAAGGAAACCACUCUCAGCAGUUCGUUGAUGAAAACAUCAUAGUAAAUCAACAGUUUGAUGAUGGCCUGAAUAGUUGGUCUGGAAGAGGCUGCAAGAUUGCCUUACAUGACUCCAUGGGAGAUGGGAAGAUCCUUCCGAAGUCUGGCAAAUUCUUUGCAUCUGCAACAGAACGUACCAAAAGCUGGAACGGGAUUCAGCAGGAGAUCACAGGAAGAGUGCAGCGCAAGCUUGCCUAUGAGGUUACUACAUUAGUUCGGAUAUUUGGGAACAGUGUCACCACUUCUGAUGUAAGGGCUACUUUGUGGGUUCAAGCACCAGAUCUUCGCGAGCAGUAUAUAGACAUUGCCAAGUUAGUUCCAUCUUAAUGCUUUAUUCCAUCGUUUCGCAUAGACUCUAAAUGAUAUGACUUUUCUGGUUUAUUAUUCUUGUUAUUGCAAAUAUAA